AUGUCUUUGCCUCGAUUGCUUCACUACCACCGGUUUAACGGAGCAUUGGGGAUAGCUAGGGUACUGCUGCAUUCGACGAGAUGUGGUUGGUAUUCUUUGAGGUCCUUGAGGUUAAUUUCGAGCGAUAGCAAGGUUGCACCAGAUAUCAAAAUAAAAUGGUAUUUUGCGACCGACGUACCGAAGUCUAAGCCAACUUGGUACAACUACUCAAAGGAAAAAGACCCACUGGAGUUUUUACCAUUCUCUGAGUAUGAUUCCAACAGACUUGAAAAAUGCUAUAAAAAAUUUCUUGAUGGUCAAAAAUCAUCUCGUACAAUCGACGUUAAUGAAGACAAAUUAUUUGAGGUAGACUUCAAAACUUUUGAGUUGUCUCCAGUCUACUGGGAGGGUCCAGUUUAUGAAGUUCGCCGUGGGGUAUGGUUCAAUUCCGAUGGGAUGCCUUUAGGGUUACAAUUGUCCAAAGAAAUUGAAGCAGGUUAUCAAUCCAAUAAGUCAUAUCUUAUGAAGAAACGACAGAAAAUAAAGGAAAAAGAGGAAGCAUGUGGAAAUGACGAGGAAACACCAGAAAACUUCAAUAGAGCAGCUUUAAAAGAAGAACUUAUGGAUUUAAAUUCUGAUAUUGAUAUUGAGAAGGAGCAAGACAUUCAUGAUCUUGGUGAUGGAAAAUUGGUAUUGUAUUGUAAUGAGAAGGAUGCGGUGAUUUUUCCAUCUUCUAUGUCUAGUAAUUUUCAAAUCAAUGUUCUCCGAAAGUUUGGAUCAACACCAGUAUCUUUACUUUCAGUAGAGAGAAUCCAAAGAGGAUAUUCUGAAGGUUUCAAGGAAGCAAUUUCAGAAAGCCUUGUGAAAAACCCAAUACCUGGGAUAGGAGAAACAUUUAAGAAUGAAAUUAUUAAUUUAAUUAAUCCAUCUGACGAGAAAAAGAUAAGUCAAAGUAACGCAAAGAUUACGGGAGAUGAUGAAAGUGAAGACCCUAUGAGUCAAGGGAAUAACGGGAAAAUGCAAACCGUUUUGGAAUCUGACUUCGACCUUGAGUUAUCUCCAAGCAAGUCAAAAAGAGAUAUAGAUCAUCUUGUACUUUGUGUACACGGCAUUGGCCAGAUAUUGGGUCCUAAAUACGAAUCCGUGAACUUCACGCAUAGUGUAAACGUGUUGAGAAAGACCAUGAAGGAAGUAUUUCAAGAAGAGGAGCUGUAUAGAAGAUUGGCUUAUCCAAAAGAUGUUGAUUCUGAGGAAUCUAAGUAUAACAAUCGUAUCCAAGUCUUGCCAAUAUCUUGGAGGCAUAAAAUAGACUUUCAGCCUCAAAAUUAUUUUAAGUCGUAUGACAAAGAUGGGCAUCAUAGACUACCAAAGCUAUCGGAAAUAAACGUUGAUGGUGUAAAAUCCUUGAGAAAUAUUUUAGGGGAUGUCGUAUUAGACGUGUUAUUGUAUUAUGAACCGUUGUAUAUCAAGCAGAUAUUUAAAGUUGUCACCGAUGAGCUCAAUGAAGUAUAUCACAGAUAUAUGGAAAGAAAUCCCAACUUUAAAGGGAAAGUUCAUAUCAUGGGACACUCCUUAGGGUCUGCUAUAACUUUUGAUAUCUUAUCUUCUCAAGCGACGAAGGAUAAGUCGAGUGAAGAUGAAGAUAAAGCGCUCGAUUUUGAUGUUACAAAUUUGUUCUGCGUUGGCUCUCCAAUUGGCGUUUUUAAAUUAUUAGAGCAGAAGAACAUAGUUCUGAGAGACGUUGUUCCAGAGGGAACUGAUCCUACGGAUAAAAGUAAUAAUUUUAAUUCACCCAAAUGUCAGAACUUGUAUAAUAUCUUCCAUCCUUGUGAUCCAGUUAGCUAUAGGAUGGAGCCUUUAGUCCAUCCACGCUUUUCAAAAUUUAGACCUGAGCCAAUCCCUUUUGCAGUGAAAGGAAUAAACUCUCAAUUUAAUAAUCUAGUGGAUUUUGGAGAUGCCAUUUCGGAGAGAAUUUCUAGGGCCUCAAGCUGGUUCAAGACUUCGGAAAAGCCAAGUCCUAAAGAUAAAAGCACAGCUUCCAAGGCCCAAGAUGAAGAUGCUUUGGGUGAUAUAAUGUCUUCUUUGGCGAAAGGAGAUGUAGAAGAGCAGAAGGCAAAGAAGCUAAAAAUGGCACCUUUACGUGACAAUGACUUAAGGACUAUGACAUCUCUUAAUAGAACAGGGCGAAUUGACUAUUCAUUGCCUACCGGAAUGUUUGAUAUAUCUGUGGUGUCUGCCAUUAGCGCUCAUGUUUCAUAUUUUGAAGACAAGGAUACUGCGGGUUUUAUUAUGAAGGAACUAUUGAAAUCAAAUGACAAUGCGGUGAAACAAAAGCUGGUGUCAUUUUAUGAAUGA